GCCGCCGGGUCUAAGCAGUUCCUGUGCGCCCGGUCCCGAGCUAGGGGAAAGGAGGCUGAGAGCGGGACGAGGUGCUGGCCCCGGGGCCGCCUCCCGAGCUACUCACCAUGUGCCAAGCAGUCUACUACGUAUAUUGAGAUCAUUUUCUCAUUUGAUCCUCACAGCAACCCAAGAGCAUCAUGGCUGGAGGUUAUGGGGUAAUGGGAGAUGAUGGUUCUAUUGAUUAUACUGUUCAUGAAGCCUGGAAUGAGGCCACCAACGUGUACCUGAUAGUGAUUCUUGUUAGCUUUGGCCUUUUCAUGUAUGCCAGAAGGAAUAAAAGGAAAAUCAUGAGAAUAUUCAGUGUGCCUCCUAUGUCAGAAACUUUGACGGAGCCUAGCUUCUAUGACACAAUGAGCAAAAUCCGUUUAAGGCAACAACUAGAAAUGUAUUCUAUUUCCAGGAAAUAUGACUAUCAGCAGCCACAAAACCAGACUGACAGUGUACAACUCUCCCUGGAAUGAAUGAAUACUUAGCACAAGUUGUACUCUGCUGUCAGUUUAGAAGCAAAGUUGAUUCAGAAUUCUUUUUUCAAAAGCUGAAGAGUAUAAAUUUCUUUGAAUUUAUAUAUAAAUCAUGUCACUUUUAAACUA